AGUUAUCUCUUAAUAUACACUCGUUAUCUAUCAGCCUCUCGGUCUGUGAGCCAACCCUUACCAUACAUCUAUACUUACAAAGCGAGUACAACAUUGAAGUUGCCAGCGAAAACAGGUAGAGUUACUCUAUUUCUCUGAUCUGUGUCAAGAGGCGUAGCUAUAUAUACAUAUAUAUAUAUAUAUAAAGUUGAGGUGACGAUCGACGGAUGGAUAGGAAGCAACUGGUGGUGCGAGGGGCUACAGCGGUGGCUGUGGUAUUCGUGGCUGUCGUUUUAGCACCUUUCGUUUAUACAGCCCCCAAAAUAAAAGGUUCACGCGACGUUCUACACGCCUCUAAAGUUCUUGAUCUCUCCACCGUCGGAGCUGUCGCCGGAGAAGGUCUCGAUUUUGACCCAAAAGGAGAAGGUCCCUACACCGGUGUUGCCGAUGGCCGGAUCCUCAAGUGGGAAGGUGACUCCCUUGGCUGGACAGAGUUUGCCAUCGUCUCUCCUCACAGGAAGAGUUGCACCCGUCCAUCAUUUCCACCAUUGGAGCACAUAUGUGGGAGGCCAUUAGGCGUACUGUUUGAAAAGAAGAGUGGAGAUUUAUACAUCAAUGAUUGUUACUUUGGACUCAUGGUGGUCGGCCCCGAAGGAGGCCUCGCCAAACAACUUGCCAUUGAAGCCGAUGGUCUUCGUUUCGAUUUCACCAACCAUAUGGACAUUGACGAAGUUGACGAUGUCAUCUACUUCACUGACAGUAGCAAAUUUUACCACAUCAGGACAUACAUGGAUCUGAUCAUGAGCGGGGACAAAACUGGGAGACUGAUUAAAUACGACAAGAAAACUGGUGAAACAACAGUGUUACUAAAGGGUCUUGGAUUUCCAAACGGCGUCGCAUUAAGCAAAGAUCGAUCCUUUGUUAUAGUGGCUGAGUCAACAAGUUUUAGGGUUUUAAGGUACUGGCUUCGAGGUCCAAAAGCAGGGAAGCAUGAAUUGUUUGCUAAUCUUCCUGGUAGUCCAGACAAUAUAAGAAGAAAUGAAAAUGGUGAAUUCUGGGUGGCUAUGUAUACCAGAAAAACUCUGUUUGCUUACAUGAGUUUUACUUAUCCAUGGUUUGGAAAUACCAUGCUUAAGUUACUCAAGUUUGAUCAGAUAAACUCACUGUUAAUCGGAGGAACUCCCCAUGGACUUGCUGCGAAACUCGGUGAGAGUGGAGAGAUUCUUGAGGUUUUGGAAGAUAUUAAAGGGAAAACGGUGUCGUUUAUCAGUGAAGUUCUGGAGAGAGAUGGGAAGCUCUGGAUGGGGUCUAUAACUACACCUUAUAUUGGCAUUUACGAUUACCAUAACUGAUCGUCUAGUGCUUCGUUCUUCAUCCCAUAUACAUACAUACAUAUAUAUACAUGUAUGUAUGUAUGUAUCUAUGUUAUUUGCUUUCUAUCGGAUUAUCUUGUGAUCAAUCUCCACUGGUGUUGUAUUCAUGUGAAUUGUGUUUUGGGAUUUCCAUGACAUGUCUGGAUAAGGUGUUUUCUGAGACAACCUACUUCAAUAAGAUGUCUUGUCGUUUUAGAAUGAA